AUGUUAAACCGCGACGUCUGCUGCAAUUCAAAUUGCAUAUGACGCCAACGGAAUUGUGACGACUUGUUUCUCAAAUCUUUUAGUGAACAGUGAUCACAGGCUGUGGAAAUUGCGAAGGGAUGGUGUAGAGUAUCGCCACAACAAUGUUGAUAUGAUCACUCGUCGUUUCAGCGGGCAUGACUUGGUACAUCCAGUGACCCAGCAAAAAGUAGCCUCGGUACAGCCAAAAGUAGCAGCAACUCGCAAAAGGGAUCCUUCUCUGACUGGUGACUGCACCACUUUGAACUUGAUGCCGGCUGUAACAAAACCAGAAACCAGACGUAGCAGAGGUUAUGCCACAGUGUCUCCCAGGCCACAUGGCACACCCUGGCCUCCAGACUUGUCGGAUCAAAACUGGUCAGAGCAGCCGUGCUUCAGUCGCUACUGGCAACACUAUCACUCUGUCAUGUCGUGGAGCAGGCUACAGAGAUGCUACCAUCAGCAGGCCAAUGAUUUCUACCACAGGUCGCAUAGAGUACUUGCCCAGAGUCAACAACCGACAUCGAUGUUCCAUCAUCAGGAAAACUUCCGGUCUGAUCAGUUUGAUCCCCCACGACAGCAGUUCAGGGGAUGCCAAUACGAAUAUGAAGACGAAGACAGUGGUGAUACUGAUGACUGUGAUGACAUUGACACAGAUUCGGAGGAAGAUUCGGAGGACUUUGAAAUGGAAAUUACAAAUGAGAUGCUGGAGUUCUUCACCAAGUCACAUCAGCAUAGACUGGAAAGAGAUGCAGCACGCGCCUCCUCUGAUGACAAUGGCGACAAGAAAGAACAAACACGAAUAGAUUUGGCUACAGCAUCUGUCCAGAAAACGAAGUCAGACGUCACAACCAAGGCUCCCAAUGAACGGCCCGGAGUACGACGAACAGCGGAGAUGAAAAAACUUUACGGCAAGAGUGCUGCAAUGAUUCAUGGGAUGGAAACAGCUCUUCAGAUGACGUUUGAUCGAAAUUGUGACAUUCUCCAGCCAACUCUUUGGCCGAUUAUGCCAUUCAAUAUUCAAUUUGGACAAAAGGAUUGAUGAACUUUGUGUAGGGUGAAAUAUCUAAUGACAAGUCGAUGCUAAAGUGUUGAAAUGAUUAAUCCUUUCACUGCCAUAUAGUUUUGUUUUUCAUUUCAUUAAUUUUGCAAUUUUGUUGGACAUAUUGGAUGAAACUUCUGAAGUCCAAAUUAGAUCAUGUUUACGGAGAUGAGAAUAAAAAAGUAUUGAAACUGA